AUGGCAAUCUAUCUCGGGUGGAAUACGGGGCGGGAGCGGGGGCAGAUAAGUAUAAGUGAGUACUUACUUGUGGAUCCAGAAGUAUGGGUCAUUGAUGGGGAUGCAGCAGUUGUUGCUGUUGCAAUUUCCGCUGAAAUUGAGCUUGAAGUUGAGCUCGAGCUCGGAGGCUUCCGCUCAGCCGCUGCGCACAUGCUGGCCAAGUCCCGUAGGCCUGAUGUGAUUUCCGAAGCUAUGUCCUUGUCGGAUCCGCAGUUUGAAGCAGAGCAUUGGAUCGCUGUGCUUCCCUCAUUGUCGAGCUUUGCUUCCAUCGCAGUACAGACACAUUGCAGGUCUGAUAGCUUGGUGCUGGAGGCUGAAUCACUGGUGCAAGAAGUACCCACGCCGUUAGAGUAG